AUGGCUACUAUUCAGUUUGCAAUUACAAUGGCUACUCCUCAGGAGAUAUUCAAAAGUCUAGAAAGAAACGAACUGAAAUAUUUUGACGGACCUCAGCGCUCUAAUCACGAUGUAAAUACUCUGCAAUUUAAUGGUAGUUCCAUUUUCACGUGGGCUGUAAGAAAAUCAAACAUAGACAUCCUAGCAUUCUUAUUGAAAAAAAGUGCUAGAAUUAAUCAAAGGGAGACUGGAGGUGCCACGCCCCUAUUACUUGCCAUAAAUCUAAACCGUGUAGACGUGGUCGAAUGGUUGCUAAAAAAAGGUGCGGAUAUAAACUUGCGAGAUUCAUACGACACGCCUCUGACAGCUGCAGUGCGAGAACGGAAUUUAGAAAUGAUAGAACUCCUUCUAAACAAGGGUGCCGACGCCAAGGAUUGCGAUGUCAAAGGAGUACCACCAUUAAUCCGAGCCAUCAACGAAAAUAAAAUGGACAUUGUUGAACUGUUUCUAAAGAAAAAAGUGGAUAUGAACAUAGUAGACGACGAGGGAAAUACUCCACUUGUAGUUGCCAUUAGAAACGAGUCUGCAGAUGCCAUACAAUGUUUGCUGAAAUACGGUACUGAUGUGAAUGAGUCCAAAAACGACAAAACACCUUUGGCUUGGGCCGCAGAAAAAGGAAGUGUGGACUCGCUCAAAGUUCUAUUAAAGGCUGGAGCUGACAUCAAUAUAUUGAGUACUGACGGAAACACCGCAUUAGGUACUGCCAUUCGGUCCAAACAAUUAGAAGCUGCUAAAUUUCUCACAAACAACAAUGCCAACGUUUGUAAAUUUGGAGCAGACGGAAAAACGCCACUUUUGUGGGCAGUUCUUAAUGAAGAUAUCGCUAUGAUUAACUGGCUUUUAGACCACGGAGCGGAGUACAUCAUCGACUCGUCACCUUUAGCGGUAGCCAUAAACUUAAACAGCGUCAGCAUCGCGAAGUACCUAAUUGAAAGCGGCGCGAAAGUGGUAGACGAGCUCGAGUCGGAAAUUUCGACUAUUAUUGAUCUCUUGAAGCGGAAUUAUACAGAGAUGAUUAAAUUACUGACAGAGAAUGGAGCUAGAUUGGACGAGUGUGAUUCCGAUGGCGAGACAGUUCUGACAACUGUAAAAAGGGAAAAUUUUGACAUGGCGAAGUACUUUGUAGAACGAGGAGCCAGUGUCAAUCAAGCUAAUGCGGAGGGUUUAACACCACUAGUUAUCGCCGAAGCUAACAAUGAUUUUCAAACUUUCCAGUUUUUGGUGGAUAAUGGGGCUAAGAUAACUGAGGAGGACCAAGAGGAAAGUCCGAAACUGGCCCGGUACUACCGAAUGGCGAAAGAGAAUAGUUUGAAAGCGGGGAAGACAAACCAAGAAAUUGGUUCGAAUCAAGAAGAUGCCGACGAGUGA